GCCCUUGACGUCAUCGCUGCGCGCGCGCGGCGCCGUCAGCGCAGGCGCAGAGGGCGCGGCCGUGGCGUAGUCGUGGUCCUGCGUUGCCUCUGAACCCCACCAGUAAGCAGCAGGAACGUGAUUUUGGUAAUGACGGUGGAACAGAGUCCAGCGACUUCCCUCAUUGACAGGACCAUCAAGAUGAGGAAGGAGACUGAGGCACGGAAGGUGGUCUUGGCCUGGGGACUACUUAACGUGUCUGUUGCAGGCAUGAUAUACACUGAAAUGACUGGAAAACUCAUAAGCUCCUAUUACAACAUAACAUACUGGCCACUCUGGUAUAUUGAGCUUGCACUUGCCUCUUUGUUCAGCCUGAACGCCUUAUUUGAUUUCUGGAGGUACUUCAAAUACACGGUGGCACCAACGAGCUUGGUGAUGAGCCCCGGACAGCAGACCCUGCUGGGGCUGCAGAAUGCAGCGGUACAGACAACUCCACCCCGUGAGCUGGCAGCAAAGAAAGCCCCUUCUUCGACGCCUUCUCCUCCAAUCCAGGGGCAGAGCGUGCUGAGCUACAGCCCGUCCCGCUCCCCAAGUGCCAGCCCCAAGUUUGCUACCGGUUGUAUCACAGGGUACAGCCCUCAGCUGCAGGCUCUGUCAAACAACAGCGCUUCCUACAGCAGUAACCUCACCUACUCACCAAGCAGCAGCUACAGCAAGAUGUCCAGCUUCAGCCCAUCUCCUAGUGGAUCACCGUACCCUGCGAGUAUCGGACCGAUGGAAAGCGGAGGGCUGAGGUCUCGGUACCGCUCCUCACCCAUUCUGUAUAAUUCUCCUGCUGGCAAAGAAGACUACAUGACAGACCUCAAGUCACUGGACACCUUCCUUCGAAGUGAAGAAGAGAAACAGCACCGAGUUCAACUGGGAAGUUCAGAUUCCAGCUCUCCUUCCAGCAGCCCAACGUUUUGGAACUACAGCCGUUCCAUGGGAGACUACGUGCAGAUUCUGAGAAAGUUCCAGUAUCAGCUGGCUUGCAGGUCCCAGGCUCCAUCAGCACACAAAGAUGAAGCUGAUCUGAGCUCGAAACAGGCUGCAGAAGAGGUUUGGGCGCGGGUGACGAUGAAUCGACAGCUACUUGAUCACAUGGAUUCCUGGACCGCUAAGUUCAGAAACUGGAUUAAUGAAACUAUUCUCGUGCCGCUUGUCCAAGAGAUCGAGUCUGUGAGCACUCAGCUGAGAAGAAUGGGGUGUCCGGAGCUGCAGAUCGGAGAAGCCAGCAUCAGCAGCCUGAAGCAGGCAGCACUCGUCAAAGCUCCGCUCAUUCCUACCCUGAACGCUAUCGUGCAGUACCUGGAUCUCACACCCAACCAGGAAUACCUGGUCGAAAGGAUCAAAGAGCUUUCUCAGGGCGGAUGCAUGAGUUCCUUCCGAUGGAACAGAGGAGGGGAUUUCAAAGGCCGUAAGUGGGACACUGACCUGCCCACCGACUCUGCUAUCAUUAUGCAUGUGUUCUGCACUUACCUUGACUCCAGGCUGCCCCCUCACCCCAAGUAUCCCGAUGGCAAAACCUUCACUUCCCAGCACUUCAUUCAGACGCCAGAUAAACCAGACACUUCAAAUGAAAACGUGUUUUGCAUCUACCAAAGCAGCAUCAACCCACCCCACUACGAGCUGAUCUACCAGCGCCACGUCUACAACCUGCCCAAGGGCAGAAACAACAUGUUCCACACCUUGCUCAUGUUUCUGUACAUCAUAAAGACAAAAGAAUCCGGGAUGCUUGGGCGUGUAAAUCUUGGCUUGUCGGGAGUCAACGUCCUGUGGAUUUUUGGAGAAUAACAACAACUCUGGCGGGAUUCCAGGCCAGAAGAGCGAUGAUCUGGUCUGGCUUCUCCGGCAAGACAAACCGAGCAGGAUUGUUGCGUUGCUGACUUGAACACAGACCUUCUCUGAAACGAGAUAAUUCAAGCUCUGCUUUGUGGGCAGAGGGGAAGCGUUUGUAAUUCCUCCGUGGGUUUUGUGAACGUAUUCUUUAAAAUGUUUUGCUGUUGCAGUGCUCCUACAUACGAAUUCCAGGCAGGUUUUCUCUUUCCAGCCCUUCACCUGAGCGCGUCCUGCUUAGCAGGCCCUUUGCUGUUUGUGUUGCGUGUACCAUUCCCUGCCAGAUCUGUUUUUGUUGCUACUAUUAAGGAUGAUAAGAAAAACAUUAAUUUUUAUCCCUGACUGCUGCUAAAAUUGGGUGUCGUGACCCUGCCGGCUGUGUCAGGUCUCUUUGUUGUGGCUGUAAAGGAAAGAGAAAACCAUGCUGCUUUCAGUAUGUAAGGUGUUUUUUAAAAUAUAUUUUUAUUUUUAUAAGCAAAAUAAGCAUGCCAGGCACAUGUGACUGUCUUAUGAGCUAUGAAACACUGUGGGCAUCUUGAGAACAACCGCGACAUUACCCUGCCUUUGCUUUUUAAUUUUUUAAAUUAUUUAUUUUUUUUAACCUCUCAUCAGCUUUUCUGCUAGUAACUUCUCCUUCUGGGGGCCAUACAGCCUGGCGCACAGCUUCAGCAUCUCGCUGUGAGACCAGGCCGUAUAAACUCAGCCCUGCUUUGGAAUGGACCUUUUGGGGAAAAACACUAGCCUUUGUUUCAAAGAAGGGGUCCUGGAAUUUUUGCCAAAAAAAAAACUUUUUUUACAUGGGAAUGGGGGAGAAUCUGUUUGGAGCUCUGGCAAAGCAGGGUUUCAGAAGCGGACGUAGUUUGUUAUUUUUAUAAACAGGGAUAAAAAUUCAUUGCUGAUGGUUUUUGUGGGCUUAAGGCAAGGAUGUCGCCUCGUUUCCCUCUCUGUCUCAGCGACCAGCCGACCCUGGUGUUACUGUAAACUGCCAAAAAAAACAUUUGUAUGUCGAGGAGGGAGAAUUACACGGGCCUGUCACUGGAGCAAAACGCGGUACGCUUGGCUAUGAAAAUAUAUUUUUGUACCGUG